GCCCAACGAAAAGCUUGGGAAGCGACUAGUGAGAACAGGGAGGGGAGGACGAGAAAUGGCGUCGGUAGUGAAGAGCGUCGUGAACUCGAUCAGAGAAAAGGGAUUAAGUGCCUUCGUUAGAACCCUCAAGGAAGAAGGCUACUUGAGAUGCCUUAGCGAUGGAAACCUCUUGCAAACAAAGAUCCAUAAUAUUGGGGCAAGGCUUGUUGGUGUUGAUAAACUUGGUAACAAGUAUUAUGAAAGACUUGAAGAUACGCAAUUUGGAAGACACAGAUGGGUUGAAUAUGCAGAGAAGGCUAGGUACAAUGCUUCUCAGGUUCCUCCUGAAUGGCACGGUUGGCUCCACUUCAUAACUGAUCACACAGGAGAUGAGCUUCUUUUGCUGAAACCUAAAAGGUACGGUCUUGAACACAAGGAGAAUUUGUCUGGAGAAGGUGAACAGUAUAUCUAUCAUUCCAAGGGGCAUGCUCUUAAUCCAGGGCAGAGAGACUGGACCCGGUACCAGCCAUGGCAGUCCAAGGCCUGAGACUUACCUUGGAGCGCAGUUCAGCUGUGACUGAGCUGCAAGAUAUUCUUGGAUGUUUCUUCCUUUUACCCUGUGAGAAUAAAUGGUUUGUAUUCAAAUUCCACUUGUGAAAUUCAGUUAUCUUUAAAAAGAAUUCGAGCUUAUUACCUGUGACAUCCAACAAGUUCACCUUGGACUAAAAUAUAGUUUACUUUUUUUUUUUUU